GCAGUCUACUUCAAUCGUAGUUGAAGGAAAAUAACUAUUCUAGCUUAGUUCGUCAAUCCGUGAGGUAGGCUUUCUGCAAUAUCCAACAAGAAUGUAUAAUUUUGAAAAAUUAGAUACGGAAGUUGUUCGUCGUAUUGAAUGUCCCGGUACUGAAAGACAUUAUAAAGUUAGUCUGGCUAAGGGAUUUUCGUCAGAUGCUCCUAAUAUUCUACGAAAUUCAGCGGAACAAAAAUUCAGCAUAAUGAUCGAGACAUAUUUGCCUCUAGCAGAAAAGAUUAAAAAAUUAACGGUUUAUGAAGAUGAUGUGUGGGUGAUAACCUUUCCAAAGUGUGGUACCACAUGGACCCAAGAAAUGGUUUGGCUUUUGAACAACGAACUCAACUUUAAAAAUGCAAAAAAUACACCACUGGAAGAGCGUUUUCCAUUUCUAGAACUGACAGGUGCCCUAACCUUGAUCGGCGGUGAUUCGGUUGGUGACGUCGAACGUUUGUCUCGCCCGCGUCACAUAAAAUCACAUCUUCCUGCCAUGCUGCUACCAGAUCAGAUAUGGCAAGUUAAACCCAGGAUCAUCUAUGUGGCCAGGAAUCCGAAAGAUGCUGCUACCUCUUUCUUUCAUCACUAUCGUAACAUUGUUGGAUACGAAGGCCGGAAAGAGCACUUUUUCGAUGCCUUCCUUACCGACAGUUUAAUUUAUGCACCUUUCAGUGGCCAUGUACUAGAUUAUUGGCGUAUUCGGGAUGAACCAAAUGUUCUUUUCAUUACCUAUGAGCAAAUGAAACGAGAUUUGGGACAGGUUAUCGUAACAGUGUCUUCGUUUUUAGGAAAAUCAUUUACCGAUACCCAAAUAGACCAACUGACUCAACAUUUAUCGAUAGAUUCGAUGAGAGCGAACAAAGCGUGUAACAUGGAUUUAUUAGUGGAAUGGGCAAGACAAACAAACUACAGCAAAAAACGUCAAGAGAGUGAUGGAAACCAAUUUAAAUUCAUACUAUUUUUUUUUAUUUUAGAUUUAUACGAAAUGGUAACAUUGGCAAUUACAAAGACUAUAUGGAUGAUAACUACAUACAAAAGUUCAACGAAUAUGAAACAAAAUUAAUAAUGGACAGUGAUUUAAGUUUUAAUAUUCAAUGAUUAAUGGUUAGCCGACUGUACUUUAUUAAAAUUAUUAUAGAAUUAAAUUUUAUAUAGAAAUUGCAUCAAACGUUGGAAACAUGUAAAAC